UGUUUGUGUGUUUGUGUGUUUGUGUGUCGAAUGUAGUGCACAAGAUUUGAGCGCGUCAAGCAUCUCACCAUAAGCACCUCGCGCGCCUUGUACGCAUGCCGACAGCAGUCGUCGUUGCAAAAAGGAUUGCUAUGAUAUAAUCGACGAUACAAGUGUUUCGAGCGUAAAGUGAUAUUUUAGUGGUAUAAGUUGAACAUCAUUUGAAAACAAAAUCAGCAUACUUUCACCUUAAAGCCAGAAUGGCAUCGUGCAACAUUUGUGAUGAUGAAAUUACAAAGAAAAAUCCACUUUUUAUUUGUUUACGCUGUGACCUCAAAGUGCAUAAGUUGUGUUAUGGAGCUGAAGGUCUAGCAAUUAAUUGGAAAUGUUCACCAUGUCGCUUAGCAAUGAAAAAGUCCGCCAAAUGUAAAUUAUGUCACAAGAAAGGUGGUGCGAUGAAACAAACCGAAUGUAAAAAUUGGGUACAUGUUAUAUGCGGUCUUUUUAUGAAAGGUGUCAGUUUUUCUAACGAAAAAACCAUGGAACCCGUUAAUUUAUCGAAAAUACCUUCUUACUUGCGUGGAAAAUUGUGUUCAUUUUGCAACAACAAAACUGGUUAUUGCACUUCCUGUUCUUUUGCAAAAUGCAAGAAUAAGUUUCAUGUAACUUGUGCUCAAGAUGAAAAGACGCUUAAAGAAGAUGUUAAUCCAAACGAUAAUUCGAUCAAAUUCGAAGCAUUUUGUAUGGAACACAAACCGACUACUCCGACUCACAGAUUAUCAUCUGGGUCAAUUCAAGUUGUACUUAAUAAGAAUCGCCAAACAACAACAAAUACCAAAUAUUCAUGUAGCGAUGGUGAUUGGAUUCUUAUUGGAGCUAAUGCACACUCAACACCGGCCAAUCCAAACAAAAGGAAACCUGUUGAUGAACCGCAACAAAUUCCAUCGAAAAUUGCCAAAGACAAUCAGCCCGAAAACAACCAUGAUGACACAAAAAUUGAAAUCAGUAUGACGGAUCAGGCGUUAGACGAUGUACAACAGCAACUUAAGCAAAAUUCAGUAAUACACAAGAAGGAGACCAAUGUUCAUACGUGCUUCAAGGAUGCAAUUAUCGAAAAAUUGACAACAGAAAAUGAUCAGUUGCGAAAGCUGAAUGUUUAUUUACAACAAAAAAUGAUGGAAAAAGACCAAGAGAAAAAAACAAUAAGUCACUGUUCCGAAAACAUUAACAAGGCAGAGGUUGAACCAACCAAACAGGCCGCAACCAAAAAAAUGGAGCCAAUUUUGGAUGGA